AUGGAGCUGCCCCGAAUAGCCUCACAGACCUCUAUUUGCCCGCCAACUAUACCCGGCAUCCAAUUGAUGACCGGGUAUCAAAAGCCGAAAACGCCGGUCAGCAAACAACUGCUCACAGCUGCCAAACAGCCAGCUGAACCACAGUUUGCUAUUCUUCCUUCUUCAGCUUCAUAUCAACCAAGUCGAAAGCGGGAGGAAGCACGUGCUUUACAAAACUUAAGAAGAAAAUUUCAGGCUGUGAGAGUUUUGCAAGCUAAUAGGGCAGAGCCUGUUGAAGCUUCGUCUUGUGCCAAUAAUAACCUUAGUCCCGAAGAACUUGAUAACAGGCCUUAUCUGCUAAAAAAGAUUUUAACAAACCGUCCAGUUAGUAUGGUGCUAGAUAUGUCCGAGAUACAAACUGCUUGGCAAGAUAGCGAUUUUAUCACGGAUUGCCUAUGUUGGCACAACGUCUACCGUCAAAGACAUGCAGCGCCGCCUUUAACAAUGUCUUCGGAGCUUUGCUAUCUUGCUCAAACGUGGGCAAAUCACUUAGCUCAUACAAAUAGAUUCUACUACAGAAACGAUAAAGAUAUAGGCCAAAAUCUUUUUUGUCGGCCCUCUAAUGGACUUGUUCAAGAAAUUUCAGGACAAGAAGUGGCAACUUACUGGUACUCAGCAGUACGACAAUAUGAUUAUGGAGGGGAGCCAGAUAGUAUACAUGUUAACGUCAAUGCAGCUCGCGGAAGAUCAGGCAAACUGGUUGUAGUUGCUCACUACAUGCCUCCUGGAAACGUUUCUGGGGCGUACAUGAUAAAUGUGCUUCCACCUUGCGAAGAUUAUCCCCGACUUCCACCUCCUCCUCCUCCGAGAUUGAUAAUGACAGGUAGUGUCACCUCUGAAUCUAGUUCUAAUUCUCCGCCUAGUACUUAG